AUGGAAGACCAUAAACAUCCCAGUCUUUCCAGCAGCCGGAAUCCAAAUGGCGAUUCUCCACGGCGAGGCGGGCCCUCCCGCAGAUAUGCUGCCAGACCCGUCGUUUUGGUACUGACGGUUCUUGCGGGGCUAUCGUGGUGGCUGCUCCCAGUGUCGAUGGAACGAGAGACCAACCUAUUGCCUGGCUUACCGGAGCCUCAAUUUGCUUGGAAUCAGAUUACACCGUCCGAAGCGCUAGAGUACCAUGACUGCUUUGGUGGAUUUCAAUGCGCGCGUCUUGAUGUCCCGAUGGAUUGGCAUCGGUCAGACGGCCAGGGUGCCCGCGUGGCUAUUGCUGUCACUCGGCUCCCGGCAAAGGUUCCUGUAACAGACCCUCGAUACGGCGGGGCGAUGGUGAUCAACCCGGGCGGUCCUGGUGGCUCGGGAGUUACUCAGGUCCUUCUCAGCGGUCACAACCUACAGACAAUUGCGGAUGCAAGCGUUCUGCCGACGUCAGAUGUCGGAGAUGACCCAAAGUACUAUGACAUUAUCGGCUUCGAUCCUCGCGGUGUCAACAACACCACACCAGGGUUUAGUUGCUUCCCUAAUCUCUUCUCCCAAAAGAACUGGGAACUUCAAGUUGAGGCAGACGGGAUGCUAGGCAGUUCGACAGUCUCGUUUAUGCGAAACUGGCAGCGCGCCAUUGCCCUCAACAUUGGAUGUUCGCAGGGUCUCUCGGCCUCAUCUCCCGAAGGCGAUAUCCUGGGAGAGCAUCUUAAUACUCCUCCAGUGGCCCGUGAUGUGCUUGAAAUCGUUGAGCGACAUGGCGAGUGGCGGGAGAAACAGGCCCAACGCCAAUAUAACAGCUGCCAGGGAGAUGACUCUGACCAGUCUAUGCUUACUCGAACGAAAUGGCGCCGCGGACAAGAGAAGCUUAUCUACUGGGGACGGUCCUACGGAACCGUCAUUGGCGCAACAUUUGCAGCCCUUUACCCAGACCGUGUUGAACGGAUGGUGUUGGACGGCGUGGUUGAUUCGGAGAAGUAUUAUACCGGCGUUGGCCCGGAGCCUAUCGUGGAUGCAGACAACGUAUUUGAUAAAUUCACAGUUUACUGUGACACGAUGGGAGAAGACUGUCCUUUCUAUGUAGGAGGCGGCCCCGCCGCCAUCAAGGAGGCUUACACGGACAUAGAGAACGGCCUCUUCAAUUCAUCACUGGCAGUUCAGCCAUCUACGACGCGCGGACCAGAGGUGGUGACAUGGACGGACUUGAAGACCGUCCAGCGGAUUUCUAUAUAUCAGCCUUUGAUUGCAUUCCCGUAUCUUGCAGGGACCGCCAGCGACCUCGUCAAAGGAGAUGGUUCGGCGUUGGCUGACUUUAAACACGGUAGACGGGAACCCGUUUGCCCAUCUGCCGAGUGUUUGAUUUCUGGCCCCUGGUCGCCUGAUUGCCAAGGGACUGGGCAGAAUGAGAUGUAUGCUACGUCCGCCAUUCUCUGCGGUGACGCGGAAUAUCUGCAGGGCGUGGAUGAGGAGGCCUUCAUCCAGCAUUGGCGGAGCCUCCGCGAGAUUAGCAGUACCUUUGGCAAUUACUGGGCCCAUACACAUCUGAAUUGUGUCGGGUGGAAGGUGAAGCCCAAGUGGAAGAUGCCCGUUCCUGUCACGGGGAACACCUCUCACCCGAUACUCUUUGUAAAUAACAUCCUCGACCCAAUUACUCCCCUACAAAGUGCGAAGACGAUGUCGGCGGCUUUUCCCGGGUCGAUUUUACUCCGACAAGAUUCGGAGGGGCAUUGCACACUCGCAGCACCCUCAAUAUGCAUAGCCCAAUCCAUCCGCAACUAUUUCCAGAAAGGCACGCUCCCAGAACCAGGAAAGGUCUGUGACGCAGAUCUGAAACCGCUGCUCGGUGCACCGAACAAGAUGGACGCCGAAGGCAAGACCCUCGACGAAAUCGCCCUGGACAAGGCGCUGCUGGAAGAAGCGCUGCGACCCAGGACGCAAUUCCCAAUGUAG